CGUACUACAAUUGCAUAUUUAAAUAAAACUACUACAUAUAACUGAAUAUUCUUAACGUAUUAGGUAAUACAAUUUAAGCAGACAUCAAUCAACCUUUUUCUUUCACCCAAACGUAUCAGAGAAAGCCGUCAAAACGCCUUACCACACAAAUAUGGAACGUAAACUUUUAUAUGCCUUUCGAGGCUGGAUAGCAUUUGUUGCGUUUAUGGAUUUGGGCACAGCAUUUCGAAGUUAUAUAGAGCGUAGAUCAUUUCUAGAUCAUGCGGAUACACAAUUCAUAGAAGGUGAUUAUACUGUAUCUCGGAUAAUUGGCAUGUACUGUCUGCUAAAAGCAUUAGCAUUGGUUCAUUGUACACUUUAUAUACAUUAUCGGCCAGUGGUCAGCAUGGGAGGCUGUUCUUUGGCUUUGACUAUGGUCUUAUAUUUAACCGAAACUUUGCAUUUCCGUUCAAGUACAUUGAAUUUCUAUGUAAUCUUUCCAUGUGUAUUGAAUUCUAUAACACUACUUGGUUUAAUCUACAUACCAAAACGUCUACGACUUUGGGAGCCAAAUAUCGAUAUGGAUGACGAAAAUUCACAACUAUUAAAGCAAAUGACUGGUUUUAAACGCAGACGCGCUAAGAAAACACAAUGAAUGGUUUAAGUAACUUAGCAAUAAAUUAUAAAAAUUGAUGUUAAUUAUAGAAACAUAAGUGAUAUUUAUACGAAUAUUGAAAAUAUUUAACUGAUAAAACACAAUAUUGCUUUCAGUUGUGCUCUACAAAUUAAAAUUCACAAAGUAUUUAAUAUUUUUUAAAUUGAUUUCAAAUAUGUAAUAGUUUUAAAAUAUUUGGCAACAUUUGCAAUAUUGUGUUUUUAAUGCCACGAAACCCCCCUAAAACACACAGUAUUGUCCAAAAACGUAUACAAAUAGAAUUGCACUAAUUUUUCAUAUACACUUUACAAAAUAAUAUCUUAUCACACCGACAAAAAACGUUUACCUACGUUUACAACAAAUAAAGCUUCUAUUUUUUAUUAAGUCAUGUAAAACUUCCGUUUUCAAGAAUUUUAAUUCUAU